AUGGCCACUGGGGAAGGAGAAAGAAAGAUUGAUAAUGCAGAAGAUUUUUUGCAGGAGAACGAGGAUUCCGAUAGUGAUGAGGAGAAUGAGACUUCUGGUAGUGAGGAAAUUGAAGACUUCUGUGAUGGUGAAGAUGUUGUGCAAUCCAUUGGAGAAACUUGUACAAUUCCCAUAGAUAGUGUUGAAGAUAUGGGUAACAUCAAUUUCGUCACUUUAACAUUUGAAGACAUGAAGAAAUACAGGUUUUUAAAUCGCAAUGUUGCCUACGAUUUUUACAAUAUGUAUGCUCGCUUUAAUGGAUUUUCUACCCGUCGGAGCGUUGUCAAGAAAAACUUUAAGGGAGAAAUUGUGCAGCAGAAUUUUGUCUGUCAUAAACAAGGUCACAGAGAAGAUAGAUUUGGGGGAGAUGGAGUUCGCAAGCGUGAACCUAGGAGGGACAUUAGGUGUGGAUGUUUAGCACACUGCAAGGUCCAUAUUGAUGAAUCUGAAUAUGGUCAACGUUGGGUUGUUAAACAUCUCGAUGAUGGCCAUAGUCACUUGGUUGUCCCUGGUAAGCAUGUAGGUUUGCUAGCCGGUCAUAGGAAGAUGUGCGACAUGGAUGUUUCCCAGAUGAACAACAUGAUUGGAGUUGGUAUUUCACCUCCCCAAGUUUAUGCAUCAUUUGCUGGUGAAGCGGGUGGGUAUCUGAAUGUAAAUUUUAAUCAACGGAACAUGUACAAUGUAUUGGAUAAGGAGAGGAUAAACCAGUUGCCUGAUGCAAGAGGUGCAUUUGGCUAUCUGCGUACUUUGCGAAGCACAGAUCCAGACAUGUACUGGAGCCAUAAGAAGUCUGAGGAAGGAAAGUUGCUGAACUUGUUUUGGUGCGAUGGACAAAGUCGUAGAGACUAUGGUGUUUUUGGUGAUGUGUUAGCAUUUGAUGCUACGUAUAGAAAAAACAAAUAUAGUUGCCCACUUGUGGUAUUGUCUGGAGUCAACCAUCAUAACAGGACCAUUGUGUUUGGCACAGCAAUUGUAUCUGAUGAGAAAGAAGAAACCUAUGUAUGGCUGCUGGAAAAAUUUGUGGAUGCAAUGAAAGGCAAAGCUCUUGUAUCUGUCAUUACUGAUGGAUGCAAGUCCAUGAGGAAUGCGAUUAGAAGAGUAUUUCCCGAUGCCCACCAUAGGUUGUGUGCGUGGCAUUUAUUGGAGAACGCAGGAAGGAAUGUGAAGAAGCCCAAAUUCGUAGAAAUGUUUAAAAGAUGCAUGUUGGGUGACUAUGAGGUGGCUGGGUUUGAAGAUAGGUGGGAAAAGAUGGUGAUAGAAUUUGAAGUUCAAGAUGAACCAUGGGUGAAGGAGACGUAUGAGAAGAAGGAAAUGUGGGCUUCUGCAUACAUGCGCGGUCAGUUUUUUGGUGGUUUUAGGACCACCUCGCGAGUUGAAGGCUUACAUGCUCAGCUCAGUAGAUAUGUGAAUUAUAAAAAUAAUUUGUGUAAUUUCUUGAAGAACUUUCACAGGUGCAUGACCUACUUUAGGUUCAAGGAGGUUGAAGAUGACUUUAAUUCAACACAUGGGGAACAAGUGUUGUUGACAUCUCUAAAAGCACUGGAGAGGGCUAUUCUUCAAAGGGCUUCAACUUGGAGGGUUUUUGGGUUCAAGAGAACAGCAAUGUGUGUUAUCUACUUUGUGAAGCAUUACCCCUCAACUGGAAGGAAUUGGCAAGUUACUUAUUAUGAACCUACUAGUGAGUUAAAGUGCAGCUGUGAGAGAAUGGAGUCAGUAGGCCUUCCUUGUGAUCACAUUGUUUCUGUGAUGGUGCACAUAGACAUGGUUGAGAUUCCUAAAUCCCUUGUUCUUGGUAGGUGGACUAUUAAUGCUAAGGAAUCUAUUGAGGGCUUUGGAGAAACUGAAAUGAAUGAAUGGGAUCAACUAACAGUUGACGUGACAGCUGGAGAUGGUGCUGCUGACCAUGGUGCAACAGUUGAUGAGGGACAGGGUGAGGAAGGUGAAGAGAGGCACAUUAGGAAUCCUGAUGUUGUCAGAUCUAAGGGAUGUGGGGCCAUUAUCUCUCAACGGUCAAUGAAAGGUAAGCGUACUCUUCGCUGUGGUAUCUGUGGCAAGCCAGGACACAACCGCACAACAUGCACACGUAGAGAUGGCCAAACGUCUACUCAACUAGGAACUCAACAAGGAACUCAAGAGGGAUCUAUUGGUGUUGGUCUCACCCAGAGACUAUUUGAAGAAGAAAAUGAAAAUGUUUGA